AUGUUGUCAGAAUUGGAACUCCCCGAGUUCCUAAUCAACGCCAUCGAUGCUAGCAUCCAACACAUUUAUUCUUAUGGUCCCAUGGCCGAGAAGACAGUUGUUCUUGUUCCCGAAGUGUUGAGUAGCCAAGUCGGAAAUGUUGCGGAUGCAAUUGGCAUGGACACGGAGACUGUUUCCUACGUUCUUGGAAUGUUCCUGUGUUACCCUCUCGGUCUUAUCAUGUUGGCCAUUCCUCACGGAAAGGCUCGUCACCUGUUCUCUUUUUUGCUUGGAGCAUUCCUUUUGCAAUUUACCCUGGGCGUUCAAUGGAUUCACCACAUGAUCAGUUCACUUGUUGCCUACGCUAUGAUUUUGGUUCUACCACGAAGUACUUUGAAGACGGCUCUUCCCGUCUUCGCCGUCGCGUACAUUACUUUGGGUCACCUUCACCGUCAAUACAUCAAUUAUCUUGGAUGGGAUUUGGAUUUUACCGGUAGUCAGAUGGUUCUCACCCAAAAGCUUUACAUGAUCGCAUUCAACUUGUAUGAUGGGGAACUCUUGGCCAAUGGAAAAGAAGAUCGCGCCGCCAAAAAGCUUGCAAAGUUUUCGUUGAAGGAAAUCCCUGGACUCCUUGAAUUCCUCGGAUACACCUUUUGCUUUUCUACAAUCCUUGCUGGUCCUGCUUCUGAGUACAUUACUUACGCUCGUGCUUGCGACGGCAGCGCUUUCAAGACUCCUUCUGGCAAACCUUGCAAACCUCCCAGCAACCUCAUCCCCACUCUUAAGCCUCUAUGCAUCAGUCUUUUCUGCCUUGGUGUCCACCUCACACUCAGUCCCAUGUUCCCUCUUUUGAAUGAAACUCAUCCCCAAACCGGUACACCUUUCAUCUUGCAAGAGGAUUUCUUGGCCCGGCCUUGGUACCUCCGUUUUUUUCACUCUUGGAUGGGUCUAUUCGCUCUCAGAGAAAAGUACUACUUUGGAUGGAAGAAUGCUGAAGGUGCCGCCAACGUCUGGUAUGCUGGUUUCGACGGAUUUGACGAGGACGGAAACUCUCUCGGCUGGGAAUCUUCGAACAAUAUCAACGUUUUUGGUUUCGAACUGGCGCAAGAUCUUCAAAGUGCUACAAAGAACUGGAAUAUCAAAACUUCUUUCUGGUUGACCCGUUACGUCUACAUGCGUACCAACGGAAACCUUUUGGCCGUGUAUGCUUUGAGUGCAUUCUGGCAUGGGUUCUACCCGGGAUACUACAUGUUUUUCUUGUCUGUCCCACUUCCGACCAUCUGCGAUCGCAUGGCAAAGAAAAAGAUCGGUCCUUACUUUUCCAAGUCCAAGUAUACGCUAUAUGGAGUUCUAUCUUUCUUGGCCACUUCCAUCACCAUGAACUACAUGAUCUUGCCCUUUGUUAUGCUUGCAUACAGCUGGUCCUGGGAUGCUUACCAGACCAACUACUUCUUUGGUCAUAUUGGUUGCAUCAUUUACUACAUCAUUCUGACCAUGCUUCCAAAGCCAAAGGUCGCUGAUGACAAGAAGAAGGUCGCUUAA